AUGCUUUGUUUCACCAACAUUUCUUGUGUUGGUUUUGGAUACCACGAACAACGACUUGAGUGUUUUCUCUAUGAUAUGUUUCCUGUUGAAUGUCAAGGUGUAGUCAAUGAUAUCGGUAUGGAAAUAUAUGUUCCUUCAGAAGAAGAUAAAACGAAUGUGGCCAUUGGAAAACCAUCAGUCAUGAGCACUUUUCACAGUUUACCGUAUCUACCAUGUAAUUGUGUGGAUGGAAAUACAGCCAACGACCGACUUACAGUAUGCCAUACACAAAAGUUAAACCCGAAUUGGUUUUGUGUUGAUUUAGAAAAUAUAUAUAAUUUCAAGCAGAUCACGAUUUUCAAUAGACAGGAUGGGGGUAGUAUAAAUCGAAUUGUCAACUUUCAAAUUCGACUCAGUUCAGUAGGAGCAUGUGACGAAAGCACAUUCAGCUCUACACCACUCUGCCACCAAGAUCCAAACCCAACUGGUCUGGUAGUUUACAACAUAACAACAUGUAGCGGCGCAGUUGCCUUUUCGUCGAGAUAUAUUUUUAUUAGUAAUAGUAAUGGACAAUUUCUAACCUUUAGUGAAAUCAAAGUUCACGCUCUUUAG